UCACCUCACUGCUCAAAAUUUCUACUCCGCGAUUGCGCUCCAAACCCACUAGAGCUCUGCUCGGCACAACGAUGUGAAGCAGGACCGGCGCUUUGGUACGGGCCAGUAGAUGAUGGAUUAUGAUGAGCGCGUGCCUGUUGGGUCUAAUAUGUAUUUGCCUAACUGCACUUACUACGUUUCCGGAACGGACUUUUCCAGCCUUCCUCCUUUUCUGCCCCAGACUCCGUCUACUUGCCCCAUGACAUACUCCUACUCAUCGUCUAGUCUGCCCCAGGUUCAGUCCGUCCGAGAGGUAGCUUUCAGAGACUAUGCCAUUGACCCUGCCAGCAAGUGGCACCACCGGGCCAAUCUGCCACACUGCUACGCGCCAGAAGACAUGGUGCACCGAGACUGUCUGCCCAACCCGGGGACUUUGGGGGACAUGUUCUCGAAAAACAGCUCGGCUGUUUACCACUCGGGUUCCGGCCAUGCUUCCGGCGUGUAUGGCAGCGUCGGAAGGAACGGGGUUUUGCCCCAGGCUUUUGAUCAGUUUUUCGAAACCGCUUACGGUAACGUGGAGAAUCAAAGCAGCGAGCACGCAGCGAGCAGAUCGAACAGCAGUAAAGCCCCUCCAGCAGCUGCGGCAGCCCUCAGCUCGGGUACAGAGCCAUGCCGGGACCUCGAGGAGGCAGACCGCCGCGAGGAGACCAGCAGUCCCGAAUCGUCUUCCGGCAACAACGAGGAAAAAUACGCGAGCACAAAUGGACAAAAAACCCGCAAGAAGAGAUGCCCCUACUCCAAGUAUCAAAUAAGGGAACUGGAAAGAGAAUUUUUCUUUAGCGUUUACAUAAACAAAGAGAAGAGGCUGCAGCUAUCCAGGAUGCUUAACCUCACCGAUCGUCAAGUGAAAAUCUGGUUUCAAAACAGGAGAAUGAAGGAAAAAAAGUUGAACAGAGACCGUUUACAGUACUACUCGGCAAACCCUUUGCUGUAGAGGUUGUGUGUGUGUGUGUGCGUGCGUGCGUGUGUGUGUGUGUGAGAGAGAGAGAGAUAGGGUGAACUUCAAGGUCGCGGCGCCUGCACAUUCCAGGAGCAGAUCUGAAGGUCCAGAAACCUCAUUUCACCAUAUAUAGGCUAUGCAAUAUCGGCAAUAUUAUUAUUAUUAUUAUUAUUAUUAUUAUUAUUAUUAUUAUUAUUAUUAUUAUUAUUGCAUCGCCAUUCACUCAGCAGUGUCAGAUACAUUUUACAGGGUUUUUUUUUUAAAUCUUUUAUUGUUUUAGCCUAUGGCUUUAUUUUCUGACGAUCAUGAUGUGUACUCUAUAUUUAUAAAUGUGAUAUGUAUACCUGUUCAAAAAACAAUGAAUAGAGGGUAAGUUCUACAGAAAGAAAUUCAUUUAAUGG